AUGAGAGACUACGCACUGGAAGGAGACCCUGCCAUAGCCUCGAGGGGCUCACCGAGCACGCCGGGCGCGACGGAGAGGUUCUUCCGCUGCGAGAACCAUCUGCACCUCAAUCUCAACCUUCGGAUUGGGUCGGUCUACCGGGAGUCGGAGUUGCGCAGGAGAUGCUCACGGGACAAGCUUCCAAGGCUUGAGGAGUUCCUCUCCGACAGCUCCAUGCUGAAGGAGGUCGCAGAGCCCGAGACUCUCCGGGGAAAAGAGCGAAGCCGUCAGGGAGCGGCUUUGAAGAGAGCAGCUCCCCCCGAGGAGGACGCCAGACGCCUGAGGAGAAGGGCCCUCAGCAGAAAGCUCUGUGUCGGCCAGCUGGUGUGGGAUUGUUCGGUGCAGCCGGCGCGCGCGGCCAGGAUCACUGCCAUCUGCGCCACAGAGGAGCGGCCCUUCCUGGUUCGUCAUUUGGACGCUACGCCUGGCAGUUCCGGUAGCGGCGCGUCCUUUUCUGUCAACGACCCCGUCAGCGUGAACGGGCGCCCAGGUGUCGUAACUUGGGACGGGCGGCCGACGCACCAAUUCGCAAAAGUGAGAUUUGAAGACGGCAAGGAAAGCGACGUCCUGCCAGUGUGCAGUCUACAAGCCAACAGGUCGCUUGUGGAAGAGGAGGUGUUUGUGUCGGACUUCGACCUGGAGUCUCUUGAGCUCAGCCACCUUCUGCGGUCAGGAGGGCCUAAUGGCGCCGGCCCCAACGCGCCCGGUUUCGCUGACAAGCCCGCCCCCGUCACCAUUGAUGCUCCGGUGGGCAUCGCGCUGAGGAGCUCGGAAGCGAAGGCUGCUCUGCAGGGACUCCGAGCCGGACAGGUCUGCUGGAGCUUCGGUGGCAACCGCCUGCCCUGGCCCGUAAAGCUUCUCCAGGAGUGCCCGGAGACCCGGACAUGGCGUGUCCUUUUCCUUGGGGCCGAGUGGAGAGAGGAAAGCCUUUCGGUAGCGUGCCUGCGGCCGUACGUGCAAGGAGACUUUGCAGUUUUGGCGGGAAUCCUACCAAUCGCGCAGGAAGAGCAUGCGAAAUGCGGUGAAGCUGCUGAAGAGAGAGCAAGAAGUGCAUCUUCGGCCAGCAAAGAUACAGUGACAGAGGCUGCGUAG